AAAGAGUAAAACUUCCAUCCUUCUGCCUGUAUAAAUACCUCCCGCCAUAUUAACUGAAUUUUACCAACAGGCAAGGUUGUAUCACCACAAAGUACUACACAAUGAGGGAAAUAGUUCAUGUACAGGCUGGUCAGUGUGGGAACCAAAUCGGUGCUAAGUUCUGGGAGGUUAUUUCUGAUGAGCAUGGAAUUGACCCCACCGGUACAUACCACGGAGAUUCUGACCUUCAGUUAGAGAGGAUCAACGUGUACUACAAUGAAGCCACAGGAGGCAAAUAUGUUCCCCGAGCUGUCUUGGUUGAUCUGGAGCCCGGAACCAUGGACUCCGUCAGAUCUGGUCCCUUUGGACAAAUCUUCAGACCAGACAACUUUGUGUUCGGACAGAGCGGUGCUGGAAACAACUGGGCUAAGGGACAUUACACAGAAGGUGCUGAACUUGUAGACUCUGUUCUUGAUGUAGUUCGUAAAGAAUCAGAGAGCUGUGAUUGUCUUCAGGGAUUCCAGCUUACACAUUCUCUUGGUGGCGGUACCGGCUCUGGCAUGGGAACACUCCUCAUCUCCAAAAUCCGUGAAGAAUACCCCGACAGGAUCAUGAACUCCUUCUCUGUUGUACCAUCACCCAAGGUAUCAGACACCGUGGUUGAGCCAUACAACGCCACCCUUUCCGUCCAUCAACUUGUUGAGAACACUGAUGAGACUUUCUGUAUCGACAACGAGGCUCUCUACGACAUCUGCUUCCGUACCCUCAAGCUGACCACACCCACAUAUGGUGACUUGAACCAUCUCGUUUCUGCCACCAUGUCCGGAGUCACCACCUGUCUCCGAUUCCCUGGUCAACUGAAUGCCGAUCUCCGUAAAUUGGCUGUCAACAUGGUUCCCUUCCCCCGUCUCCAUUUCUUCAUGCCUGGUUUCGCUCCUCUUACAUCUCGUGGUAGCCAGCAGUACAGGGCUCUUACCGUCCCAGAACUGACCCAACAGAUGUUCGAUGCCAAGAACAUGAUGGCUGCCUGUGAUCCUCGUCACGGACGUUAUCUGACCGUCGCCGCUAUAUUCCGUGGACGUAUGUCUAUGAAGGAAGUUGAUGAACAGCUCCUGAACGUCCAGAACAAGAACAGCAGUUACUUUGUUGAAUGGAUUCCCAACAACGUGAAGACCGCUGUCUGUGACAUCCCACCACGUGGCCUGAAGAUGUCUGCUACCUUCAUUGGUAACAGCACCGCCAUCCAGGAGCUCUUCAAGCGUAUCUCCGAGCAGUUCACCGCUAUGUUCCGUCGUAAGGCUUUCUUGCAUUGGUACACUGGUGAGGGUAUGGACGAGAUGGAGUUCACAGAGGCCGAAUCCAACAUGAACGACUUGGUGUCCGAGUACCAACAGUACCAGGAUGCCACCGCUGAUGAGGAGGGAGAGUUUGAAGAGGACGACAUUGAACAAGAGGACGAUUGAAAUAUUCUUCCUAUUGAUGAAUACAAACUGUCGUUUAACGAACUGACCAAAGAUGUACGUUCAUGAUGUGGUAAAUGAAAAUAAAUUAUUCUUUCUCUCUUUCACUUCAUCAGUGAUGACUCCAAUUUCACAUGUGCAAUAUAUUUCGAUGAAAAGGUAUUGAAGUGCUAGAAGGCGCCACCAUUAAGUAUGGAAUCAUUCUGUUAACUAUCGUUUCUCAGCCUGACCUACUUUCUGUGAUAACAACAAAAUAAAGACUUAGUGCCUUCUGUAUAAA